UCAUUGACAACAGAUCAACACACCUUUGACGUUCGUCUGUAUAUGUGGAACAAAUAUUUCUGCGGUUCUCUUUCCAUUCUGUUUUGGAUUACGUGUGGAAAAUCGAAUCUUUUGCAAGAAUAACUUUCCACUAAGCCAACCACAAGUGCGUUUUUCCUCGUGUGCUAGCUAUUUCCAAUCUUGAAACAUGGCUGAUUGGGAUGAAAUCAAACGCUUGGCUGCUGAUUUCCAGAAGGCACAGCUUUCCACAGGACUUCAAAGAUUAUCGGAGAGAAAUUGCAUCGAAAUUGUGAGAUUGUUGAUUGAAAAAGGGCUCAUCGACGUAAUCUACACGAACGAUGGCAAGGAGUACCUCACGCAAGAUCACCUCAAGCAGGAGGUGAAAGAUGAACUGUACGUGCGUGGCGGUCGGGUGAACUUAAUCGAGCUGGCCAGGGUGCUGAAUGUCGACUUCGGAAAGAUUGAGUACACAGCCAAGCGGCUGGUCGAGAAGGAUCCUAAUUUGCAUCUCCUGCUUGGCCAGCUCAUUGAGACGUCCUACUUGCAGCGAGUGGCAUCGGAAAUCAACCAGAAACUGGUGCAGUACGGUGAAAUCCACAUUGGACAGCUCACUACCACAUACGAUCUACCGACCGAUUUCAUUCUGAACAAAAUCGUGCUGGCCAAUCUGCAGAAGGUCAUCUUUGCCAAGCAGGAUCCAACGAAUGCGCACAUCUUUUUCACACAAUCGUACAUCGCACGGAACAAAGCGAAAAUCCGUGGAGCGUUGGCAGCGAUUACGAAACCCACUCCGAUUUCCGUCAUUCUGAAUUUGACGGAUGUGCCGGCACGCAUACUGUACAUGUCGCUGAAUGAAAUGUCUUCGCUCGGCACGGUUACGGUACAAUCGCCGGCCGGUCAGUACAUACCACACGUGUACCAGCGCAUGCAAGCGCAGUGGGUGAAAGAUUAUUUCAAGCAGAAUGGCCACAUCAUGUACGAGACCGUUACAAAGCUGGGUGUUUCGGACGUGCGUUCGUUUGUGCAGGCGCAGCUGCCAGAUGAGAAGCUGGUACAGUUGAAGAAUUGCAUUAUCGGUAAUCGGCUAAUCGAUCAGGUGAAAGACUCGAUGGAUAUGUGCGUAACGAGUAACUCGUACCUGGACAUUUCAACCAUACUGCCGUCGUCUUUAAGCGACGAUAACAUUGAAGAGAUCCUUACGCACAUCUUAACACCGACAAUACGCAAACAAACGUACGUCUUCGGGACGGUCGUUCUGACAGUGAACUUCAUGGACGAGUGCGUUAAAGGUUGUCUAGAGAUUGUGAACGAGCAUGCGAAGCGUGCGGUUGAAAGUGGUAGUUAUCAAAAGUACAUGGCAGAGAAGUCGAUGAAGCAUCAAGAGGUGGAUCACGGUGUAAUGGAUGAGGAAAAGGCUGACAAGCGAGAGGAGCGACGCAAGAAGGCAUCUACUGGGAAGGGUGGUGGCGGUGCCCAGGGUCGCGAGACGAAGACAAAAUCAACGAAAAAGCAUGCCCGAGGAACCCGGGGCAAUGUGUCGGAUUCGGACGACGGCGGAGAGAUACAGACGAAUGCGAGCAGCAAGAAGGGUGGAAAGGAGCCAUACAUUGAGCUUAUCACAGCCAAGGAGAUCGCCAAGGUGGUGGAAAAGACGCUCGAGCCUGAAGGACUGGAGAUGUUGGCAAAGGACGUGGCAAAUUACUACUUCCCAAUUUUAAGCAAACAGGCACUGGUCAAAGCGCACGAGCUGUACGAGCAAUCACUCCAGAAGAGCAAUCAAAACCGUCGUCAAACUCAUGCCAGCAUUCAGGAGAAGCUCAACACACUAUACAACGACAUUCGGCUGUACGAGAAGGGAUUGAAACUAUUCCCAGCCGACGUGCAGGGACAGCUGCUCAAGUAUCUGCUGAAAACGUUCGGCACGGAUGCAUGCAAUGAGCUGUGCCUGUAUGUGGCGUCCGAGUGUAAUCUAAACACCAACUUUAACGCACCACUCACUACUGAACAGCGGACCAAGAUUGCGAACGACAGUGGGCCAGAAUAUCGAUCCCACCUACAGACGCUCUGCAAAGCGCUGUCCGCCAGUGAAACGGUGGAAGAUUUUCUCGACAAAACGGAAAAGACGAUGCAGGCGUGCAGCAUGAUGCUGAAAAAGAUCGACAAGAAAAAGGAUAGAAACCUAAUUCUCUGCCACAAGCAUGGUCUGCUGGAGCAGCUGACCAACUGUACCGAUCCGGCCCUGGUACUUCAUCUUGCCGUACUGAUUAUCUUUACUAUCUCAACGCAAACCAUGCUGCACGCUUCCGGUCGGCACGUGUCCGCUAUUUUAAGCUUCCUGCAGACGGUGCUGAGCAAUGACGACUCAAAAGUAUUCAACAAAUACCAUGAUCUGGUACUGAAGUUACUAAGUACGGAAAGCUCCACCACGGAAGAAGCUAAGGCAAAUGCGGAAGAUAUUACAAAGCAGCUGGGUGAACUGACGCCUGUUGUGAAGAACAUUGCUGGCAACUUUAAGAAAGCUGGCGUAACUCCAGUAGAGUAAAGAAGGAGAGAGGUCGUUCGAUCGGUUGUUAGGUCCUUAGUGCAUUAAAUCGGGUGGGAUCUUACUUGUGUGCUGGAAGUAUGGUUAAUAUUCUUUAUUUUUUAAUUCGCGUCAAUAAAACCCGAGCUUGUUAAUUGUUUCUAAUCAA